AAAGGGGCAUCUGGAGUUAAUCUCCAAACAUCAUAAGCCGCCUCUCUCUCUCUCUCUCUUUGCCGUUGCCGCCGCCUCUCUCUCUAGGGUUUGGGUCGAUUAUAGACCGGGCCGGUUAUAGACCGUGCCGGUUAUAAAUAUUCAUCACUUGAUUUAUAACAAAAGUCAAAUAAAUUUGAUUAGUUUUGAGUAGUAUCAAACUAAUUGACUAUCGAACCAAACCGUUUUUUUUUUUUGUAAACCAGUAACGAUCGGUUAAGAAGCCUAACUGAUAAGGUGUUGAAAGAGAGCUAAGGGAAGUGAGAAGAGAAAAGUGAUUACUCAACUUGUUUGGUCAAAUAAUGGAAGCGGCGACGAAGCAGAGCGUUACAAACCGCCUUCUCACCGUCAAGUCAGCCUCCGGCAAGACUUACAGUCAAUUAGCGGCGGAGACAGGGCUCACCAACGUCUACGUGGCUCAGCUGCUCCGUCGCCAAGCCCAGCUCAAACCCGAAACAGUCCCCAAGCUCCGUGAAGCCUUACCUGCUCUGACCGAAGAACUCAUCGCCGCCAUGAUGUCUCCGCCGUGGAGAUCGUAUGAUCCAAACCUCAUCCAAGAACCCACCGUCUACAGGUUGAAUGAAGCAGUGAUGCAUUUCGGUGAGAGUAUAAAGGAGAUCAUCAAUGAAGAUUUCGGCGAUGGCAUCAUGUCGGCGAUAGACUUCUAUUGCUCUGUGGACAAAAUUAAAGGAGUCGAUGGUAAUAACCGCGUUGUCGUGACACUUGAUGGGAAGUAUCUUUCUCAUUCCGAACAGAGGACUGAGAAUAUGGUCUCAAGGCUAAACCUCAAGGGAAGUACAAGCGAAUGAUAUGAAAAUGUAAGAAGAAAACGAUUCAUAUGAAUGUAAGCAGCAAUCCAUGAAGGCUUUUAUGUCUAAAGCUGUAAACAUUGUAAUAUUUAUGGUGUUUGUUUAUUCUGUACUCUAUGCAAUUCCAGCCUCGAGCUGUUUCAAGUUGAAUAACAGUGAAUAAAAUAAAAUAAACAAUGAAACCAUUU